AUGUUAAAUUCAAGUAUCUACAGUAAUCAAAGCAAUUCAGUCGUAAAGAUAAAAGGCAAUUAAACCAAUUUACUUUCAACUGCAAUAAGUAAAUUAGGAGAUUCAAGUUUCAAAUCAAGAAACUAUGAAUCUAAAAACAUAUCUCCAGUGAGAUUAAGAUUGUUUAGAGACUCUCCAAAAACUUACAAAGGACUAGAAGGUUGCGUUGUAGGAUAAUAUCAUCCUCUUGCCCCAACUCAUGUUGUAUUUUCUAAUGAUAAAACUCCAUCUCCUUAUAGAUCAUCGAAAACAUUUAGAGACUCUCCCGAAGGAGCCAAGACCAAGUUGAAUCAAUUCAAAGAUUGGAACUCUAAAUUGGACAUUCAAUUACAAAUAUAAAAUAAUCAGAUUGCAAAAUUGAACAAUCAACUCUUCCAAUAAAGUCACUAACCUUAUCAACAUAAGAGUUCAAAAUAAAACUUAUUUUCUGCAAGUAGUCCAUCCAACUUCUAAAAGUUUGGUAAACAAAGUGAUAUUUCUUCACUUUCCUCAAGAUUGAAUCAGGUUCCAAUUUCAUAGAUUACCACCUAUCAAAUAGGACAUCAAAGCGAAUUGAAUGCAUUAUAGUAAUCCUUGGACAGAAUAAUGAAAACAAGUAGAAUAUGA